UCGGAGCGCGCUGUUCUCGGAGCUGUUCCUUCGUCCUACUUCCGCUAAGUUCGGCGAAUUGGAAUGUGCGAUGUGCUAAUGCGAGUCACGUUGCUUUUGAAAGAGACGCGCGAACGAUAAACGUUGCAAUUUUUGAAUAAUUUAUUUUUUUCACGAACUACGGACGUGUCCUGUCCUCAUUUUUCUUUUUUUUUUUAUCAUUUAGAAUAGAGCGGAUCAAUUCGCAUAAAAUGCAUCGAAUCAAGAGUGAUAUUGUUUGACGGGAUUGAGGUUUUCAUAAGUUUUGUGGUAUUGCUGGAAAAAAAUAAAACCGCACAUGAUUGCUUCGGGGAAAUCCAUCGUGAAAUGGAGAACGGGGGACGAUAACGAUCGUCGGAUGACCGGCGGAUCCUCGAUGGCUCUCGAGUAUUCGUUCAAAUUUCAGAGGAACGGGAAAAACGAAUAAAGAUGAAAGAGCGUCGCGCGUAAAAAAAUGGCACCGUUCCAUGGCAUGGCCCUUAUACUGCUUGGAAUCGGAUACCUGUUACACGCAGAACCGUCUUCCGGUCACUGGAGCCUAGCGGUGCAACGACUCGACGAGGAGAAGCCCGAUAAAGGGGAACAACGCUUGCAACGAGGGAUGAAGAGGACGUAUUUUUAUAAAGACCCGCCGCAAAAAGUGACCGCCGUUGUCGGGCAGACCGUCGUGCUGUUGUGCCGCGUUAAGAACUUGGGCAACAGAACAGUGUCUUGGAUACGAAAAAGGGACUUGCACAUCUUGACGUCGAUGUCGCUGACUUACACGAGCGACGCAAGGUUUACGAUAAUCCGAAAUGCCGGCGAGGAGGACGAGUGGAACCUGCGAAUAGAUUACGUCCAACCACGGGACGCCGGCAUUUACGAAUGUCAAGUUAACACAGAGCCAAAGAUAUAUAGAGCGGUCACUUUGAAAGUUUUGGAUGUGCAGGCGAAGAUCACCGGUCCCGAAGACAUGUACGUGAAAAGAGGUAGUACGAUCAGUUUGACCUGCAUCGUGGACGUGCAAGAUAUUCCCCCGAGCAACGUGACCUGGUACCACGCUGGUGCGGUGAUCGAUUUCGAUGGUCCAAGGGGCGGAGUUUCCCUGGAGACGGAGAAAGGUAAGAACGGGACCACCAGUAAGCUGUUGAUAACGCGGGCACAGCUCGAGGACAGCGGCAAUUAUACGUGCGUAUCGAGCAAAGUCGCCCCCGCAAGCGUGAUGGUUCACGUGUUAAACGGCGAACAUCCGGCCGCGAUGCAGCACGGUGGCACCGGGAACAUCAACAGGAGGGCCAUUCUCUUCAGCCUGAUCCUGCUGGUGGACACGAUAUUUCGGUGAACGAGUGGCUGCAAGACGUUCUGUGAUUCGCGAGCUUCGACGCGUUCACCGCGCGCGGACUGAAUUUUCUAUGAAUCGGGAAAUACACGGAGUUUCGGCGCCGAAAUAUUGUAUUACGUCGCCGAGGGACGAUUCGUUACUUCACCGCCGUUCACCGCCUCCGCCCCGCGUCGUGCCGCGAAUUCUGUUCCGAUCUCACACCUGACCUGACUGUAACACGCAUACACGUACAUUCCUGUAGAAUAAUAAUCAACUAUCUCGCGACUCUGUGUAUACACAAUGAUUAAACGAACGAAAUAUUUGUUAAUAGGUACGAAAUACAUUCUGCUAAUUGAUACGUACUCGUUUGGUUGAAUCAUUUCGUUGAUCACUGGCGCGAACGAUAUAAAUUGUGUUCCCCUGAUAACUGUACUUUUUUAUGCAUCAACACUCACACGGUAUCGUUCAAAUAAAUCACGAUAAAAUUUCACCCGA